AAAUUCAACUGAAAGCUCAAGUAGCAUGCGCCAGCUCAAGUUCCAUGAGAAGAAGCUCCUGAAGAAGGUCGACCUGCUCGACUGGCGCAGCGAGAACAACAUCCAUGAGAUCAAGGUCAUCCGCCGCUACCGCCUGCCCGACCGUGAGCAGUACCACAAGUACAACAAGGUCGUGGGCGAGAUCGGCCGGCUCGUCUCGCGCCUCAAGAAGCGCCCGGCCAACGACCCGUUCCGCAUCAAGACGACGGAAGCGCUGCUCGAGAAGCUCUACCAGAUGGGCCUCAUCAACGGCACCAAGAGCCUGCUCAAGGCCGAAGAGCUCAACGUGUCGGCCAUGUGCCGGCGGCGCCUGCCCGUCGUCAUGGUGCGCCUCAAGAUGUCGGAAAACAUCAAGGAAGCGACGACGUUUGUCGAGCAAGGCCACGUGCGCGUUGGGCCUACGACGGUCACGGACCCGGCCUUCAUGGUCACGCGGUCGUUUGAGGACUUUGUCACGUGGGUCGACAGCUCCAAGAUCAAACGCACGAUCCUCAAGUACAACGACAAGCUCGACGACUACGACCUUCUCGGUAAUUAGAGGAGUGCAAACUUACUAUACUAAAUCCACCUUGUAUUCAUUCCUUCC